CUCGCCGACCUCUGCAGAGCCCAGUGGAGCCCAGCGAAGCCAGCAAGGCGCGAUGGACGGCCGGGUGCAGCUGAUCAAGGCCCUCCUGGCCCUGCCCAUUCGGCCCCAGACGCGUCGGUGGAGAAACCCGAUCCCCUUCCCCGAGACGUUUGACGGCGACACCGACCGGCUCCCGGAGUUCAUCGUGCAGACGGGCGCCUACAUGCUCGUGGACGAGACCCUGUUCACCAACGAUGCCCUGAAGGUGACGUUCCUCAUCACCCGCAUGACCGGGCCGGCCCUGCAGUGGGUGAUCCCCUACAUCAGGAAGCAGAGCCCCCUCCUCAACGACUACCGGGGCUUCCUGGCCGAGAUGAAGCGGGUCUUUGGAUGGGUGGAGGACGAGGACUUCUAGGCCGGGAGCCCCUCGGGCCUGGGGGCGGGUGCUCGGGGGAGGGUCCGCCGCGCCAGUCGCCGCCGCCGCCGCCCAGCUCGCCACAGGCGGCGUCCUCCCGCCGCGCCUGCCCCGUCCCUCACCUUCGGGUCGCCGCGAUCUCCCCCGCGCUCGUGUCCCCUCCCGCGUAGUGCUUGCCUUUGUUCCAGGAAUAGCGCUCCAGGUUCCCGCCGCCGCCGCCGGGCCUGGCUCUGGAGCGGCCGCCGCCCUCUCGGGCCAGCCCGGCCCCUCCCCUGCACACUUGGACUCGGUCGUGCGCUCCAGCUGCAAGCCGGGCUCCUGUUACACACUGGACAGACCACUCACAGCCCGGCCGCUGCCAACCGCCCGCCCCCUGCCAGACCCCCAGGCCCGCAUCCAGGUGCCCAGAGGCCUGCCCCGCCGCCGCCGCCGCCGCCACCAUCCGCCGCAUCCCGCCGACAGCCUGCAGCCUUUGGCGACCCGGACUCACCCGGGAGAUGUCUGAGCUGGCCACAGCCUCUGGACAAUGAUUCCAACAGCUCGCCACCGCCCUGGAGGGGCCGGCCAGCCUUGCACCUUCGGUGGGACCCAGUCACUCCCUCCUCCCAGAGACAUCUUCUGCUCCUGCCAGGUGGCCGCCAGGUCCCAGGGGUGCCUGGAAGCCAAAUCCAGUCACCCAUUGUCUCCUGUGGACCUGUUAGUUUUGCCCAGAAUCCAGUUCUCUUCUGAAUGUGCAGUAUUUUCUUAAUUAUGUGUUUGUUGGUGAACAAUGUGACUCAUAUCUACCCAACUCAACACUUCUUGGACUAAAGUCUUUUCUUAUUUUCAAUAAAUGUCCUACACUAUUUAAAAAGAAA